CACUCUGACACUCUCAGCUGGAAAAUUUCAUCACAAACCUUGAGUCACAACAUUUCCGUGUCAUAAUUGACUGCCUGAUCUGAUAAUCCUCAAUCCUGGUGAAGUGCUUAAUUGUAUUGUAUCGUGUCAGUGUAUUCGAAUACCUCAGAAGUUUCACUGUGCGUCAUUUCGUAUUGUCGAAAUGGAGAAUCACCUUUUUAGCUUGAAAUUUACGGUCAAAGAAUUUGAGAGGAAUUCAAAGAAAUGUGACAAAGAAGAGAAACUGGAGAGGACCAAAUUGAAGAAAGCCAUUCAAAAAGGGAACAUGGAGGUGGCACGCAUUCACGGCGAAAAUGCUAUUCGCCAAAAAAAUCAGUCUCUCAAUUUUCUUCGAAUGGCGGCACGAAUUGAUGCAGUAGCCAGCCGAGUGCAAACAGCCGUGACCACUAAGAAGGUCACCCAAUCGAUGGCUGGUGUUGUCAAAGCAAUGGACAGUGCCAUGCGAUCCAUGAACUUGGAGAAGAUUUCAGCUCUAAUGGACAAAUUUGAAAAGCAGUUUGAAGAUCUGGACGUUCAGAGCUCGUGCAUGGAUACGGCCAUGUCUCAAACGACAACCACCAGCGUUCCCCAAAACGACGUCGACUUCCUUAUGCAACAAGUUGCAGAUGAAGCGGGUAUUGAGCUUAACAUGGAACUCCCGCAAGGCAAUACGAGCACUUUGAACCCGAGCGUCGCCGUUGGAUCUUCCACACAAGCCUCUACCGAACAGGAUGAAUUGACGCAACGCUUAGCCCGCCUACGUCAAAUGUAAAAGUUUUUCUUUUAAUGAUUCAAUCCAUCUCUAAAUGUGGAGUUCCUUUAAAUUCACUCAACGCGCUCUACGACGAAAAAAACAAAAAGACUUUCGAGAAAUUUAAAAUAAAAGUGAGUUUACCGCCCACCAUUCGCCUGUUUGAACUAAUUCAUAACUCGUGGGUGUUGUACAAUUCUUUCGGCGCUAUGAGGUUUUCUUGUCGUUGAUAGCGCUUCAUUACCAUGUAUAAGAAUCCGAAUAAAUUUUGUUUCCCGAUGAU